GUAAGCCUAGUUCACUCAGAGUGAAUGAUGGCUCCCUUACAGAGUAAUUACACCACAGAAUGGACUUUAGGGAGUGUCGUGGCAAUGAGUAUUUGGCUGACGGUGAUCAUUUUGGUUGGAGUGGUAGGCAAUAUCUUGGUAAUCAUUGUCAGUCUACAAGGAACAAGAGUACGAACAAGAGGAAAAGGUUUGAUAGCAUCCAUGGCUUUUGCCGACAUGCUGGAGUCCGUCAACAUAAUAUUCGUGUGGGUGAGUGUUACACAAUAUGGAGAAUGGAUUUUUGGGGAACUGAUGUGCACUUUGCACGGAUUCGUCACCACUCUAUUCGUUAUUGCUUCGAUGUACAGUCUAAUGACUAUCAGCAUCAACCGCUAUUUCAUKGUGGUCAAGUCCAACCAUUACAAGAAGAUUUUCAGUGCAAGAAAGCUUUCCUUGAUGAUACUCUUCAUCUGGAUUUUCCCGCUCUUUUUUGCAGUGCCUCCUCUCUUUGGCUGGUCAAAGUACGUCUUCCAAUCCAAUAAAGCAACAUGUAUUUUUUACUUCAGUUCAUCUGUGGGUUUUUCUAUAUCGUUAAUGGCGUUCUGUAUACCACUUCCUCUAUCUAUCAUAAUAUUUUGUUGCUAUAAAAUCUAUAAACAAGUGAAACAACACCGGUCGCAGGUAGAGGCGAUGGGUACCGAAAAAUCCGUCAAUGUGGAAGAAAUACGCAUCACAAAAACUCUUAUAAUCAUCAUCCUAGCUUAUCUAAUAUGCUUCGUUCCUGCAGCAACUGUAAACUUAAUAGAAAUGGUCAAUCCGAUGUUCAAGAUACCAUUUUGGAUCGAUAUCAUAACUGUCAAUCUUGUGUUUGCAAAUCAUGCAAACAAUCCUAUCAUUUAUGGGGUCUUCAACAGACAAUACCGACGAGCAUUCAAAGAACUGCUUAUUGGUUUAAUACCAGGAAUCCAUUAACAGUGUCAGGGAGUCAGUUCAGUACUCAAGGCAACACUGGACUAACUU